AUGUCGGGGUCACUUCAUCAUGUUGGGGUCUUCGAUCAGUGGUUGGGGAAUGGGGUGUGGGAUCAGAGGAAGCUGGUGAUAUUAGUUGUGGUUGUGGUGUUUCUUGCACCGCUUUGUGUUUUAGAGAGGAUUGAUUCACUGAGCUUGACUUUGGCAGCUUCAGUGGCUCUUGCCGUUGUGUUUGUUGUGGUUGCUUGUGUUAUUGCGCUUAUCAAGCUUGUCGAAGGGCAAAUUCAGGCUCCAAGGAUGGGUCCGGAUUUUGGGUCCAAGAAGGCUAUUCUGGACUUGCUUGUGGUGAUUCCCAUUAUGACAAAUGCUUAUGUUUGUCAUUUCAAUGUCCAGCCUAUAUAUAAUGAGCUUGAAGUGCGGUCUCCCCAGAAGAUGAACCGGGUGGGGAGGAUCACGACUGCAGUUUGCAUUGUGGUCUACGCUUUUACUACCGUAUCAGGGUAUCUAUUAUUUGGGCAGGGUACUGAAUCUGAUGUACUGACCAAUUUUGAUAAGGACCUUGGGAUUCGUUUCAGUUCAGCACUGAACUAUAUCGUCCGGGUUGGAUACAUUCUUCAUUUAGUUCUUGUUUUCCCAGUUGUUCAUUUCCCUACGGAUACUUUGUUGUUUGAGGGAUCUGCUCCACUCUUAGAAAGUAGGAAGAGGUCUUUAGGGUUGACAACAAUUUUAUUGGUACUUAUUUAUUUUGGAUCCACUAUGAUUCCCAACAUUUGGACUGCUUUCAAGUUUACAGGGGCAACUACGGCAGUGUCCUUGGGGUUUAUAUUUCCGUCUCUUAUAGCAUUAAGGUUAGGUCCGCAAGUGGGUGGUUUGAGCUUGGUGUUAACAUUGGCCAUAGUAGUCGGCAUUGUUGGAGUGAUCGGAAAUAUUUAUGGCAUCCAAAGCCAAUCUGAAUGA